UCAGCGAAGCAGAAACACCCGGAGAUGAGGACAGAUCAGUUCCCUGGGUGCAUGCCGGCCGUAUUCAAAGCUCUCCUGAUUACUGAUUGUCUGCUGGUGAAAGUGAAGGGAGAUGGAGGAGAGUCUGACGACAAGCUAGACUUCAAGUACGCUUUGAUCGGAGGUGGGAUCGGCCUCUUCCUGUCCCUCUUGUUUAUUCUGUCCAAGAUCUGCAUGAUCAGGAAACAAGCGGAGAUAAACUUUCCAGAAUCGAGCGUGAGAAGACCUUCAGAGCCGCAAUCUGUCAUUCUGAAUCAGCUCAGCCAAUCAGCUGGCAGCGGUAUCCAGUGACAAGAGGUGCUAAAGGUCAGGCAGAGGGCAACGCGCCGUCUGGCUGAGGAGCCACGCGGCUCCAUGCUACGUCUUGUGUUGCACCUUCUCUACCUCCUGAAAGGCGUCACCGUGGAGCUGCUGAUGUGUCACUGCUUCUUUCUCGUCUCGCAAACUUUGUAAAUAAAAUAUUUUUCGACAUG